AUGGCUUCUGUUCUUUGUGAAUGUUUGCGAAGUUUAAUUCAAAAAGAUAUCCAAGACCUCCUCAUCCCCCUUUUCAUUAAUGUCCUCUUCCUUCUAUAUUCUUCCCGCGCCAUUAACGUUGAUCAGUCCCCUAAUUCCGAUGAGUGCGAGUUCGUUGAAUGCCUCCGAAACCACUCUGUUCCCCCCAACCUCUACUUCACUCCUCAAUCCCAUUUCUUCAACCAUUUCUUCUUCUCCUCCGUCCGCAAUCGCCGUCCCCUCCUAAACUCCUCUAAACCAAUUCUCAUCUUUCUCCCCACCAGCGAAAACCACGUCCAAGCAGCCGUUCUCUGUUCCCGCAGCCUGGACAUUCCUACCCGCACCCGAAGCGGCGGCCAUGACUAUGAGGGUCUAUCCUACGCUUCCACCUCCGGCCCAUUCGUGCUCAUCGACCUACAAUUCCUUUCUUCCAUCAAAAUCGAUAUGCACUCCGGAACAGCCUGGGUGCAUGCCGGCGCCAUUAUCGGAGAGCUGUACUACGCCAUUGCCAACCAUAGCAGAACUGUCGCAUUCCCCGCCGGCCUCGGUCCUACCGUAGGCGUAGGCGGGCAUCUCAGCGGCGGAGGAUUGGGGACUUUAAUGAGGUCCUUCGGGCUAUCGAGCGAUAACGUGGAAGACAUCCGAAUCGGCCUCGCAAGCGGAGAGAUAAAGGAUCGAGGAACCAUUGGAGAAGAACUGUUCUGGGCGCUCAGAGGGGGAGGAGGUGCGAGCUUUGGGGUGAUUGUGGCUUACAAAGUGAGGCUUGUGGCGGUUCCGAGCAAAGUAACUGUUUUCACAAUCUCAAAGAAUUUGGAGGGGGGAGCGACGAAGCUUGUGGAUAAAUGGCAGCGAAUGGCUUAUAAGGUGGAUAAGAGGCUGUUUAUCCGGGCGGUGUUUACUGUUGUGGGAAAUGAUAGCGAAUCUUCUGAUGGGAAUAAGACGAACAGAACAGUACAGGUUUCCUUUAAAUCCUUGUUCCUUGGUGAGAAGAAUGAGCUUCUUCCCAUAAUAGAGGAUUGUUUUCCGGAACUCGAGUUGAAGGCGGAGGAUUGCACAGAGAUGGGCUCCUCUACUUUGCAAAUCUGUGGGGUGGAAGAAUGGAUGAGAUCUUUGAAAUCGAGCAGCCUUUCCUCUUCAGAAAGGAACCUUUUUUCAUGUCCACUAUUUGACGCAGAGGUGGUCGGAAGACGACGCUGCAAUGAGAGGCAUGUGGAUUGGUUGAGGAGGUUUUACAAGUUCAUGACACCUUAUGUUUCUAAGAACCCAAGGGCGGCUUAUCUCAACUAUAGAGAUUUGGAUAUUGGGACGAAUGUGAAGGGAAACAAGACAAAUUAUUGGGAGGCGAGAGUGUGGGGAGAGAGGUAUUAUAAAGGUAACUUCAAGCGAUUGGCUUAUGCGAAGGGUGAGGUUGAUCCUACUAACAUGUUCAUGAAUGAGCAGAGCGUUAAUGAAUGA